AUGAAUAAGUCUCCAUUUCAGAUUGAUGGUAGAUUCAGGCUGGAAAAUAUUUUGGGAUCAGGUUCAUAUGGGUUUCAACAUGUAUUACUAGCUGUCGUGUACUGCGCACAGAACUUCCUCAAUGAUGAUAUUGUUGCAAUCAAACUCGAACUGGUCACCAAUAAUCCAUCUUCUGUCGAGCACGAAUACCGCAUUCUCAAGCAACUUGAAGGUGGAGUAGGAGACCAGCUGCUGUCACAUCUUGAGUACAUUUCCUCACACGGUGACAUUCAUGGCGAUGUCAAACUGCAAAAUGCUUUGAUAGAUAAUUUGGAACAAAUGGUCUAUAUUAUUGAUUUUGGUAUUGCGAAGAGAUACUGGAAUUCCUCAACCAAAUCCCACAUCCCAUUUUGUCAAGGUCGAUGUCUCACAGGCACCCCUGCCUUUGCGUCAAUCAACAAUCACUUGGGAUUGGAGCCAGGUCGCCGUGACGAUCUUAAAUCACUUGCCUAUAUGCUCAUAUAUUUCUUGCGUGGUUCCCUUCCAUGGCUAAAUAGUAAUCAUGAGAAGCUUUAUGAUUCCUUUAUACUCGAGUGCAAGGUGGAUACCGCCAUCACUGAUUUAUGUGAGGGAAUUCCUCCUACAUUUGCAAAUAUCCUCGUCUACUCGCGCUCUCUCUCAUUCUCAGAAGAUCCUGAUUACGACUAUCUACAUUCUUUACUUCACGAUCUUUGCACUACAGGGCCUGCACCAGCUAUGCAUUCCCUGGAUUUUGACUAUCCCACCCCACCUUCUCAAUACCCGAAAGUCUCUCAAUUGGUGCCUACAUGUCUGCCGGAAGUAACACCCCUUCGCAGAUCAACUCGUGUACCGCAGUGCCAAGGUGAUUCUGUGCCAUUGUGCACAGCGGUGUAUUCCUGGGGCUCCCAGGAUAAAGGUAUAUAUAUCAUGUAUGACACUACUACUACUAACAUGAACCAUCGUGGACGUCAUCGACAGAACACUAAAAUCUCCCAGGUUGAAGCUGCUCCUGCGCCUGUCUCUCCUGUUCUUGUCACUUCCACACCUAUUGCUCUUGCUCCUACUCAUGUCUCACCUGCUCCUAUUCCUGUUGCUCCUGCUCCUGUGACUAUUUCUCCUGCUCCUGCUGCUGCAACUACCACUGCAGCUGCUGCAAUUGCUACUGCCCUUCACCGCCCUAGGAGACAAUGA